CCAAUUCCUUCUGCAAAAGCAGCCUCUGCAUUUUUGUCUGUCUGAAUGCUAGGAAGACGAAAAAAGAUUGAGGAGAAGAAGAAACUGAAGAAAUGUGAAAAUCCAACGAACAUUUUCAUGGCCAACGGAAGUCGAUGCAUAAGGAGUUAUAUUGGGACUCCUUUUUGCCUCGAAACCUCGGAUCAAAAUGCUCAUAGUAGAGAAGACAUCAGACUUCCCGUCAGCUGAGUUCUCUGUGGUGGAGGAUGUGACUCUGCACUUCACCUGUUUGAUGGACAGGUUGAACGAGCAGCGUCUCUUCCAGCCUGACCUCUGUGACGUGGACAUAGUGUUGGUGCGCCAGCGCAGUACCUUCCCUGCCCACAAGGGGGUGCUGGCGGCCUACAGCCCCUUCUUUCACUCCCUGUUCUCCCAGAGCAAGCAGCUGCGUCGUGUCGACCUGUCUUUGGAUGCCCUCAGCUCCCAGGGCCUACAGCAGAUCCUUAACUUCAUCUACACCUCCCGUCUGUUGGUCAGUAGCCGUAGCGUCAGAGAUGUGCUCAACGCUGCCACCCUGCUGCAGAUGACGGACAUUGCAGCUUCUUGCCGUGACCUCAUCAGCAGCCAAUCACUAAGGGCCGCGGUAGAAAACCUGGCCAAUCAGGAUGGCCUCGGAGAUCCUGAUUCCAUGACAACGACCCCCGGCAGUCAGCUGUACCGGGAGAUCAAGCAGGAGGCAGAGUUAGGGAGGUCAGAGUUAGAGAGGGUGUACACUCGAGAGGGUAACAGCCCUUUCUCUGUGAGGGUGGAAGACGGACAUGGAAAGAGCCAGCAGCAUCACCUUCCCUCCUCCCAGACCUCCCAGUCCCAGGCCAAGCAGUACUACUACCAACAAGAGGACAGGGAGAGUGGGGGAGGAGGAGGGAGGGGUCUGUUUAAGCUGGAGGGGGGCGGGGAGCAGAUCAUCGUAGAGGUCAACCUCAACAACCAGACACUCAACGUCUCCAAGGGGUCAGAGAGCAAGGCUGUCGCCAAAUACACCGCCGACACCGCCAUGUUCACCCGCUCCCAUGGGGACCAGAGGGACGAGGAGGAAGAGGAGAACAAGGAAGAGGAUGAUGAUGGGCAGGUCGGGGAGGAGGAAGAGGAGGAGGAUGAAGAGCAGAGAGAGAGAGAGGAGGAGAUGGAGAACAGCAGCGAAGAGUAUGAAGAGGAGGAAGAGGAAGAGGAGAACAAUGAUAUGAACAUACCAGCAGAGGAGUCUAUUAUGAUGAACAGGCCUCGUCCGGGGACUAGAACCCUGGAGGUCGCCACGACGACCGUCUCCAUGCGGCAGACCCUUGGUGACGCCACCCUUGCCAACCGUCACCAGGGCAGGAAGAGGAAGCAGAACCCUGAGAGUGUAGGUCAGAUGGUCAGACUGGAGGAGAAGCAACACUUCCCCUGUAAGAAGUGUCCCAGAGUCUUCAAUAACCGCUGGUACUUGGAGAAACACAUGAACGUCACUCACAACCGCAUGCACAUCUGCAACAAGUGUGGAAAACGCUUCCUACUGGAGAGUGAACUACUGCUGCACCAUCAGACCAACUGUGAGAAGAGUAUACAGUGUGUAACGUGUGGCAAGGCCUUUAAGAAGCUCUGGUCUCUCCAUGAGCACAACAAGAUCGUUCACGGUUACGCUGAGAAGAAGUUCUGCUGUGAGAUCUGUGAGAAGAAGUUCUACACCAUGGCACACGUCAGGAAGCACAUGGUCGCCCACACCAAGGACAUGCCAUUCACCUGUGAGACGUGUGGGAAGUCCUUCAAGCGCGGAAUGUCCCUGAAGGUUCACUCUCUACAACACUCUGGAGAGAAGCCCUUCAAGUGUGAGAACUGUAAUGAGCGGUUCCAGUAUAAGUACCAGCUCCGCUCCCACAUGUCCAUCCACAUCGGACACAAACAGUUCAUGUGCCAGUGGUGCGGCAAGGACUUCAACAUGAAGCAGUACUUUGACGAACACAUGAAGACCCACACUGGAGAGAAGCCGUAUAUCUGUGAGAUCUGUGGGAAGAGUUUCACCAGUCGUCCCAACAUGAAGCGUCACCGUCGGACCCAUACGGGGGAGAAGCCGUACCCCUGCGAGGUGUGUGGUCAGAGGUUCCGUUUCUCCAACAUGCUCAAGGCCCACAAGGAGAAGUGCAUCCGGGUCAGCAACCCCAUGGUAACCGACAACAACGACUCGCUGGGCGUCGACCCCCCCUCCCCGACUGUUUCUGCGGACCCUGCUGCGAUUGGUCAGGUGGUUUUAGGGGCGGCGCUUCCGGGGGCAAUGCAUCACCAUGCCACGCCCCUCUCCCUCCCCCUGAUCCACUCCCUGGGGGGGCUGCCCCACACCCCCGCGCCCCCUCCCCCUCCUCCACCCCUCUUCUCUGGCAGGAUGGGCUCCAACAUCUAGCUAACGCACUCCGCUCUGCUAACAGACCAGACCGCUAGCAUCCAUCUACUCUACAACGCUCUGCUAACAGACCAGACCGCUAGCAUCCAUCUACUCUACAACACUCUGCUAACAGACCGCUAGCACCCAUCUACUCUACAACACUCUGCUAACAGACCAGACCGCUAGCACCCAUCUACUCUACAACACUCUGCUAACAGACCAGACCGCUAGCAUCCAUCUACUCUACAACACUCUGCUAACAGACCAGACCGCUAGCACCCAUCUACUCUACAACGCUCUGCUAACAGACCAGACCGCUAGCAUCCAUCUACUCUACAACACUCUGCGAACAGACUGCUAGCACCCAUCUACUAUACAACACUCUGCUAACAGACCAGACCGCUAGCACCCAUCUACUCUACAACACUCUGCUAACAGACCAGACCGCUAGCACCCAUCUACUCUACAACGCUCUGCUAACAGACCGCUAGCAUCCAUCUACUCUACAACACUCUGCUAACAGACCGCUAGCACCCAUCUACUCUACAACACUCUGCGAACAGACUGCUAGCACCCAUCUACUAUACAACACUCUGCUAACAGACCAGACCGCUAGCACCCAUCUACUCUACAACACUCUGCGAACAGACUGCUAGCACCCAUCUACUAUACAACACUCUGCUAACAGACCAGACCGCUAGCAUCCAUCUACUCUACAACACUCUGCGAACAGACUGCUAGCACCCAUCUACUAUACAACACUCUGCUAACAGACCAGACCGCUAGCACCCAUCUACUCUACAACACUCUGCUAACAGACCAGACCGCUAGCACCCAUCUACUCUACAACACUCUGCUAACAGACCAGACCGCUAGCAUCCAUCUACUCUACAACGCUCUGCUAACAGACCGCUAGCACCCAUCUACUCUACAACACUCUGCUAACAGACCAGACCGCUAGCACCCAUCUACUCUACAACACUCUGCUAACAGACCGCUAGCACCCAUCUACUCUACAACACUCUGCUAACAGACCGCUAGCACUCAGUCAGCCAACCCCCCUGGACCCCCUGAAGUACUCAGACUAUGAGAGGGAUUUACAGGAGCGGAGCGAGACAUGAAUGGAAGGAGGAUUUCUUCAUAUAACCACAUCGUGAUGAAGGAUCAUACAGAGGCUUCUUGUAACAAAUACAGUAUAAAUGCAUACACCUUCCAUAUGGAAAUGUUUUACUGUGUUGAAUAGUUCCCUUCUGCCCUGGUCGCUGAGAGUUCAGAGGGACAUGUAAAAUGACAACAUACAUUACAUCUGUUGUUUCAUUGUUUUCAUUCUGCGUACCACAAAGCCACACCCUUUUUAAUAAGGCCCUGCUUGUAGCACAAUGUAACACUGGUCAGAUUAACACCUCCUCAGACAAAACUAGUUACUGGUGAGAUUAAUAAUCCCUUCUCAUAUUAACUAGCUAUUUACUGGGUUAAUUCUGGGGCCUAAACUCCUCCCUAGUUGGUCUGUGUGGAAUGAGUUCUCUACAGAAGGUUAUAUGUGGAACGAUUUCUGUCUGACAAAAGGUUCUAGGUGUUCUGUGUGGAAAUAGUUCUCUACAGAAGGUUCUAUGUGUUCUGUGUGGAAUUAGUUCUCUACAGAAGGUUCUAGGUGUUCUGUGUGGAAUUGGUUCUCUACAGAAGGUUAUAUGUGUUCUGUGUGGAAUUAGUUCUCUACAGAAGGUUCUAGGUGUUCUGUGUGGAAUUGGUUCUCUACAGAAGGUUAUAUGUGUUCUGUGUGGAAUUAGUUCUCUACAGAAGGUUCUAGGUGUUCUGUGUGGAAUUGGUUCUCUACAGAAGGUUAUAUGUGGAACGAUUUCUGUCUGACAAAAGGUUUGAGGUGUUCUGUGUGGAAUUAGUUCUCUACAGAAGGUUCUAGGUGUUCUGUGUACAGUGAGUUCUCUCUGAAAGUUUACCUCUCUGUCCUAACAGAGGUAUAUGGUGCCAGACGUCUCCAGCAAAGCCCUGUCUCUCUCUUCUCCUCAUCCUCCUCUCCCCUACCCUUCUCUCUCCUCCCCUCCUCUAUCGUCAUCCUCCUCUCUCCUCCCCUCUUCAGACAACUCCUACAGAGCCUUGUAUCUCUCCUGUCCUCACCAGACGUUGCCUACAGAGCCCUCUCUCCUCUCUUCUCAUCUUCCUCUCCGCUGUCUCUUUCUCUCCUCUUCAGACAUCUCCAGCAGAGCCCUGUCUCUCCUCUCCUCACCCUCUAUCCUCCUCUCUCCUCUCUUCUCAUCUUCCUCUCCGCUGUCUCUUUCUCUCCUCUUCAGACAUCUCCAGCAGAGCCCUGUCUCUCCUCUCCUCACCCUCUAUCCUCCUCUCUCCUCCUCCUCACAGUGAAUGGACUAUAUUAGCCAUCAGAACAGACCAACAGGAUAGAACCAUCAUUCUCUUAGCCUCCUGAAGAUGAGGCAAACUGUUCUUCUGAUCUGUCUGCUGAAACACGUAUCUGGCAUCGCAAUAACCAACUCCUGUGAGCUCACAUGCUAGUGGGAUUAUUAUACAGCCUCUAAAAUCAAUCCUGCAUCUUACUUUGAACCUUAGUGAUAUUUAAGAUGUACUCUUUAUGUGUGUUAAAUGUUAAAAUUGUGAUCGUUUGUGUAAUUUGUGUGUGGCAACAUUAUGCCAUUAUGUAAGGUGUUUUAGAGGGUUAUGACUAGCCAGUCACGUUGGAAAGGUAAUGACUAGCCAGUCACGUUGGAAAGGUAAUGACUAGCCAGUCACGUUGGAAAGGUUAUGACUAGCCAGUCACGUUGGAAAGGUUAUGACUAGCCAGUCACGUUGGAAAGGUAAUGACUAGCCGGUCACGUUGGAAAGGUUAUGACUAGCCGGUCACGUUGGAAAGGUAAUGACUAGCCAGUCACGUUGGAAAGGUAAUGACUAGCCAGUCACGUUGGAAAGGUUAUGACUAGCCAGUCACGUUGGAAAGGUAAUGACUAGCCAGUCACGUUGGAAAGGUUCUGACUUUAUGACUAGCCGGUCACGUUGGAAAGGUAAUGACUAGCCGGUCACGUUGGAAAGGUUAUGACUAGCCGGUCACGUUGGAAAGGUAAUGACUAGCCGGUCACGUUGGAAAGGUUAUGACUAGCCGGUCACGUUGGAAAGGUUAUGACUAGCCAGUCACGUUGGAAAGGUUAUGACUAGCCAGUCACGUUGGAAAGGUUCUGACUUUAUGACUAGCCGGUCACGUUGGAAAGGUAAUGACUAGCCAGUCACGUUGGAAAGGUAAUGACUAGCCUGUCACGUUGGAAAGGUUAUGACUUUAUGACUAGCCAGUCACGUUGGAAAGGUUAUGACUAGCCAGUCACGUUGGAAAGGUAAUGACUAGCCAGUCACGUUGGAAAGGUUAUGACUAGCCGGUCACGUUGGAAAGGUAAUGACUAGCCGGUCACGUUGGAAAGGUAAUGACUAGCCGGUCACGUUGGAAAGGUAAUGACUAGCCGGUCACGUUGGAAAGGUAAUGACUAGCCAGUCACGUUGGAAAGGUAAUGACUAGCCGGUCACGUUGGAAAGGUUAUGACUAGCCGGUCACGUUGGAAAGGUAAUGACUAGCCGGUCACGUUGGAAAGGUAAUGACUAGCCGGUCACGUUGGAAAGGUAAUGACUAGCCGGUCACGUUGGAAAGGUUAUGACUAGCCGGUCACGUUGGAAAGGUUAUGACUAGCCGGUCACGUUGGAAAGGUUAUGACUAGCCGGUCACGUUGGAAAGGUAAUGACUAGCCAGUCACGUUGGAAAGGUAAUGACUAGCCAGUCACGUUGGAAAGGUAAUGACUAGCCAGUCACGUUGGAAAGGUAAUGACUAGCCAGUCACGUUGGAAAGGUUCUGACUUUAUGACUAGCCGGUCACGUUGGAAAGGUAAUGACUAGCCAGUCACGUUGGAAAGGUUAUGACUAGCCAGUCACGUUGGAAAGGUAAUGACUAGCCGGUCACGUUGGAAAGGUUAUGACUAGCCGGUCACGUUGGAAAGGUUAUGACUAGCCAGUCACGUUGGAAAGGUUAUGACUAGCCAGUCACGUUGGAAAGGUUCUGACUUUAUGACUAGCCGGUCACGUUGGAAAGGUAAUGACUAGCCAGUCACGUUGGAAAGGUAAUGACUAGCCUGUCACGUUGGAAAGGUUAUGACUUUAUGACUAGCCAGUCACGUUGGAAAGGUUAUGACUAGCCAGUCACGUUGGAAAGGUAAUGACUAGCCAGUCACGUUGGAAAGGUUAUGACUAGCCGGUCACGUUGGAAAGGUAAUGACUAGCCGGUCACGUUGGAAAGGUAAUGACUAGCCGGUCACGUUGGAAAGGUAAUGACUAGCCGGUCACGUUGGAAAGGUAAUGACUAGCCAGUCACGUUGGAAAGGUAAUGACUAGCCGGUCACGUUGGAAAGGUUAUGACUAGCCGGUCACGUUGGAAAGGUAAUGACUAGCCGGUCACGUUGGAAAGGUAAUGACUAGCCGGUCACGUUGGAAAGGUUAUGACUAGCCGGUCACGUUGGAAAGGUUAUGACUAGCCGGUCACGUUGGAAAGGUUAUGACUAGCCGGUCACGUUGGAAAGGUAAUGACUAGCCGGUCACGUUGGAAAGGUUAUGACUAGCCGGUCACGUUGGAAAGGUAAUGACUAGCCGGUCACGUUGGAAAGGUAAUGACUAGCCGGUCACGUUGGAAAGGUUAUGACUAGCCUGUCACGUUGGAAAGGUUAUGACUUUAUGACUAGCCGGUCACGUUGGAAAGGUAAUGACUAGCCGGUCACGUUGGAAAGGUUAUGACUAGCCAGUCACGUUGGAAAGGUUAUGACUUUAUGACUAGCCAGUCACGUUGGAAAGGUAAUGACUAGCCUGUCACGUUGGAAAGGUAAUGACUAGCCGGUCACGUUGGAAAGGUUAUGACUAGCCGGUCACGUUGGAAAGGUAAUGACUAGCCGGUCACGUUGGAAAGGUUAUGACUUUAUGACUAGCCGGUCACGUUGGAAAGGUUAUGACUAGCCGGUCACGUUGGAAAGGUUAUGACUAGCCGGUCACGUUGGAAAGGUAAUGACUAGCCGGUCACGUUGGAAAGGUUAUGACUAGCCGGUCACGUUGGAAAGGUAAUGACUAGCCGGUCACGUUGGAAAGGUUAUGACUAGCCGGUCACGUUGGAAAGGUUAUGACUAGCCGGUCACGUUGGAAAGGUAAUGACUAGCCGGUCACGUUGGAAAGGUUAUGACUAGCCGGUCACGUUGGAAAGGUAAUGACUAGCCGGUCACGUUGGAAAGGUUAUGACUAGCCAGUCACGUUGGAAAGGUUAUGACUAGCCAGUCACUGACUAGCCGGUCACGUUGGAAAGGUUAUGACUUUAUGACUAGCCGGUCACGUUGGAAAGGUUAUGACUAGCCGGUCACGUUGGAAAGGUAAUGACUAGCCUGUCACGUUGGAAAGGUAAUGACUUUAUGACUAGCCGGUCACGUUGGAAAGGUUAUGAAUAGCCGGUCACGUUGGAAAGGUAAUGACUAGCCAGUCACGUUGGAAAGGUAAUGACUUUAUGACUAGCCGGUCACGUUGGAAAGGUUAUGACUAGCCAGUCACGUUGGAAAUGUAAUGACUAGCCGGUCACGUUGGAAAGGUUAUGACUUUAUGACUAGCCGGUCACGUUGGAAAGGUUAUGACUAGCCAGUCACGUUGGAAAGGUAAUGACUAGCCGGUCACGUUGGAAAGGUUAUGACUUUAUGACUAGCCGGUCACGUUGGAAAGGUUAUGACUAGCCGGUCACGUUGGAAAGGUAAUGACUAGCCAGUCACGUUGGAAAGGUUAUGACUAGCCAGUCACGUUGGAAAGGUUAUGACUAGCCGGUCACGUUGGAAAAGUUAUGACUUUAUGAUUAGCCGGUCACGUUGGAAAGGUUAUGACUAGCCGGUCACGUUGGAAAGGUUAUGACUUUAUGACUAGCCGGUCACGUUGGAAAGGUUAUGACUAGCCAGUCACGUUGGAAAGGUAAUGACUAGCCAGUCACGUUGGAAAGGUUAUGACUUUAUGACUAGCCGGUCACGUUGGAAAGGUUAUGACUAGCCGGUCACGUUGGAAAGGUAAUGACUAGCCAGUCACGUUGGAAAGGUUAUGACUAGCCGGUCACGUUGGAAAGGUUCUGACUUUAUGACUAGCCGGUCACGUUGGAAAGGUAAUGACUAGCCAGUCACGUUGGAAAGGUAAUGACUAGCCGGUCACGUUGGAAAGGUUAUGACUAGCCAGUCACGUUGGAAAGGUUAUGACUUUAUGACUAGCCAGUCACGUUGGAAAGGUAAUGACUAGCCUGUCACGUUGGAAAGGUUAUGACUUUAUGACUAGCCAGUCACGUUGGAAAGGUUAUGACUAGCCAGUCACGUUGGAAAGGUAAUGACUAGCCGGUCACGUUGGAAAGGUAAUGACUAGCCUGUCACGUUGGAAAGGUUAUGACUUUAUGACUAGCCAGUCACGUUGGAAAGGUUAUGACUAGCCAGUCACGUUGGAAAGGUUAUGACUAGCCAGUCACGUUGGAAAGGUAAUGACUAGCCGGUCACGUUGGAAAGGUUAUGACUAGCCGGUCACGUUGGAAAGGUUAUGACUAGCCGGUCACGUUGGAAAGGUUAUGACUAGCCAGUCACGUUGGAAAGGUUUUGCAGUCAAUUUUGCAGUGCACAGGAGAAUGCAGUAAAGUGUGUGUGUGUGAGAUGAGUAAAGGUGUAAAACUGUCAAUCUGUCCCUGAAUAAUUGAACAAUCAGCCAAUCAGCUUGAGAUUCCCAAAGUAGGAAGUAAAGUUGAGAGACAUUUAUCUGACUUCUCGUCUAUUGCUGAGGUUCAGAAACCACUGUACAGAGCUUGGAUUGUAGCCUACAAAAUCCUGUUCCUGCUCUUUUCAAGUGUUGUAAUGUACUGAAGUAAAAAUACUUUAUAGUACUUAAGUAGUUUUUUGGGGGUUACUUUACUUUACUCUUUAUAUUUUUUACAAAUUUUUAUUUUUACUUCACUACGUUCCUAAAGAAAAUAAUGUCCUUUUUACUCCAUGAAUUUUCCCUGACACCCAAAUUAUUCGUUACAUGUUGAAAGCUUAGCAGGACAGAAAAUGGUCCAAUUCACACACUUAUCAAGAAAACAUCCCUGGUCGUCCCUACUGUCUCUGAUCUGGCGGACUCACUAAACACACAUGCUUUGUUUGUAACUGAUGUUGGAGUGUGCCCCUGGCUAUCUGUACAUUUAAAAAAACAAGACAUUUGUGCCGUCUGGUUUGCUUAAUAUAAGGAUUUUUUUUUUUUCUUCGUACUUUUACUUUUGAUACUUCAGUAUAUUUAAAACCAAAUACUUUUAGACUUUUACUCAAGUAGUAUUUUACUGGGUGACUUUCACUUUUACCUGAGUAACUUUCUAUUAAGGUAUCUUUACCUUUACUCAAGUAUGACAACUGGGUAGUUUUUCCACCACUGAAGACAUCACAGACGCCCGAAAUCUAUAAAAUCUCAACUUUUUUGAAAUGUU